AUGUUUUCAAAAAAACCGAUUUCAUUUUCAUGAUGGAAUUCAAAUACGAAUAACCCGCAGUAUUAGCAUUUCUAUACGUCUGAAAAAUCGUUCAAAUUCAUUUUAUAUAUAAUGGUCUUUCACGUUCACGUACUAUUUGAAAAAAACGAGCGACGUUCACGUAUUGUUCACUAAAUAUGAUCGUGAACGUGUAAACGAGCGUCCAUGAACGACGUUCUUUCCAAACAAUGCUAUUUUCUUGGUUUGUUUAUUCAAUUGUUUACGGAUACAUAUAUGUUUUGUUUGCUGAAUAACCAUUUAAAUAUCAAAGCAUAAACUCAACACUGUGAAUAUUAUUCAUUUGUUGCUCCUACGUCCGUCCUACAACAUGGUUAAAAAUAUUAAUAUUAUUUUAGCUAUAUUUUUGAUGUUAAAUUGUAUUGGUUUUAUUUACGCUAGAGAUAACACAGAGUUGUGUCAGGGUCAGUUGUAUCAAGCUGGUUUUAUAUUUAUGAACGAUCGAGAACCAGUACAAUUGGACGCAGUGUCUGUCGCAAAUCGUUUUGAAGCAAUUGGUAAGUAUACAUUCAUUAUUUAUACAAAUAUAUUUGAUAAUUUCAAGGUUCAUGUCAUUGCAGUUGACAUUAUCAUCUACUUCAUAAUUAUGUUUACGGGUUUUCAGCACAGAUAUAGGUAGAUACUAUAUUCAUCUAUAUUCUAUACUUACCUAUCUGUGGUUUUCAUCAGUAGUCUGUGAACCGUCGACAAAGGACUUAAUUAUGGUAUAGUUUGUUUAUUAAGUCCUAUUUAUUUUGGAUAUUCAAUAUAAUAUUUAUAUUAUGUGAAUCGCUCCCGUUGCAUUUUACAUGGUGCUCUGCGAAGUAUUGUUAAUAACAAGGUUUACCUAUUGAUAUAUUAUCUGCUUAGUAUGAACGUACUGGCGAAUCGCUUUCCAUGUAUCAUAAUUAUUGUUGUAGCGGUUAAUAAAAUUAUAGUGGAAAAAAAUUAAUAAAAAAGACAGUUCCGGAGUGGAAUAUUUUUGAAAACGUGUCAAUAAAAAUAAAAAUUAUUAAACCCAUAGUACAAGAAAAAUAAAAUAUGUAUUUAUCGUAUUACAUAAGCAGUGUUGAGC